AUGUCAUCAAACCUUCACAAUAAUAAAAACCAAACCGUGUCCGUCGACGAAAUCGACGAAAACACCGCCUACGUACCCGUCAAAGGUUCCACAGCCUUGGAGGGAGUUGGCACCAAUCCGAGUGGAAAGAAAUUUGAUGAUAAUGUUGCCUACCCUAAGGAACAAGGUUCUACCGCUCUCGGAAGUGUGGGCACAAAUCCAUUGCAGGCGGCGAAAUCCGAAGUUGCAGACAAAAAAACCACAAACACAUCAAUAAAAUCCUAG